AUUAUAAAAAAUGGAAAAAAACUAUAUUGUGUUAAUAGGGGUAUCGCUAUUUUUCUUGAGUUUGUUUAUGGUGAAUACUUUUCAUCAAUAUGAUAAAGUAAUUGAGUAGAUAGAGGAAUAAAACAAACCAUUAGCAAUUAAUUUAAUGGCUGAUAAAGUUCCAUCAAUUUGGGAUGUUGAGAAACCAAAUAAAGAGGAAGUUGAGAAGAUGAAUGAAGAUGAGAAGGAGAUAUUAAAUGGUAAUAUAAGUUAGGCAAAUGUCAAUAUUAGAGAAGAAAUUUAGCAGUGUUAUAACAAGAGAAGAACUUGGUAGAAUGGGAUGGACAUUAUUGCAUAUGAUUUCAGCAACUUUGCCAGUAGAUUUUGAUGAAGAGUUCGCAUUUAAAAUCAAUGUGUUUUUAAAUCUAUUGUAAAGAUGAAUGUUAAUUGUUAGUGGUUAAUUUUAUCCAUGUAAAGAAUGUGCAGGUCAUUUUUUAGAUAUGAUAACAACAUCACCUUAUUAAGGUAAUUCAAGAGUAGAUUUCAUGUAAUAUUUAUGUAUGUUACAUAACAAAGUUAAUUAGAGAUUGAAUCAUGUAAAUUAAAAUAAAAUAAUUUAUAAGACUUUGUUUAAUUGUAGUAUAGUACAUGAAAGAUGGGGUGGAGAUUGUGGAUGUUCAAGUAAGUUAGAAGAGAGUAUAGAAAAAUAUAGUAGAGAUUAGAAUUGAAAUAUAC